GGUCUCCUAUACUGCCGUCUUGGCUAGUGACGGAGAAAGGGCCUCCAUGUUCCGACGUCUGGAGGCACUAACUCCAACACAUUCGCCUUUACUCAACAAUUUCAGGGCGGCCAACGGUCACAACAUGGGAGCAUUUCAGUCUGAUAUCUCGAAUAUAGAGGAGGGGCCUCAUACUCACCAUGUUGCCACUACACAUACCACCAUUACUCCAGUAAACCAAGCCAAACCCAGCCCGGGAACUAAACCUUCGUACACAUCCAGACAGAGAGAAGCCCCAGUAGCAAAGAAUGAAUUGUCAGGAAGUGCAAAGAGAGAGGGGAGUGGUGGUGUAAGGGACUACAAGAGCAGUGUGGGAUGCUUUCCUACCACCUACUCUCCUGUCCCUCCCACCACCACAACACUAUCUCCCUCGUACACCCACCCACCAAUCCUCUCUUACGCUCUCCAACCAGUCCUUUCCUCUGCACCUGUGUCAACAUCCUCUCAUGUACACACUGGACAAGUAUCUGGUCGUCCCACACACACGUGGAGUGCCACACCACCCUCUAGUCCAGAGAUGAGGCGAGCAUGGAAUGUAUUGGGCGUACCUGUGAGGAAUGGAGGUCCAGCUGGUAGAACUUCACAGCUUGGUCGAAGCCCGUCACCAGCCGGUCACAGCCCGUCACCAGCUCGUCAUAGUCCGCCACCAGCUUGUCACAGUCCGUCACCAGCUCGUUACAGUCAAUCACCAUCUCGUCACAGCCCGUCACCAGCUGGUCACAGCCUGUCACCAGCUGGUCACAGUAUGUCACCUAGCCGGGGGAGUCGACCAGGACCCGAGGUUACUGCAUCUCAUUCGGAGGCUGACACUAUUUAUGAUAACUUGGUCGUGCGUCACCCACCCCUGGCUGCUCCCAGUGGGCGGGCUGCACCCACUGCCAGUGUCACGCCUACCAUAACUCCCCACCCACACACUGCCAGUGUGCCACCCACCGUCACCAACCACCCACAAACCACUGCUUCAACUUACCUCAAAGCAAACCACGCUUCACCGCCUCGGGUGGUCGCCUGUUCACCAUUACUAGGCAAGCCGCCCUCUCCGCCCAUGCAACGAAGGGCCUCCCGCUCUCCCACACCCACAAUAGCGUGGAAGCCAUCCAACAGCCAUCAUUGUGUACCAUAUUACCCCCCUCCGGAACCACAAUAUGGCGGGUAUUGGGUACCUAUGUGGGGCUCGUCUCCUCAGCUGUUUCAGUCAGGGGGUGGGCAUGUGUACCCAGCUUAUGUUUACAGUGGGCCACCCGGAGCGGUGUUGGUUGAGGGUCGAAGUCAGAGUUGUGAUCGCCUUCCUGCUCGCCCCUCCUCGCCUUCUUCUCCACGUAAUGGUAGACGGUCAGCGUCGCCAUGGCGAGGAGGUUCAGCCUCUCCUGUGGGACUCCCGCCCCCCACGCCAGACAGUGGCCGCCCUCCACGCCCUAGACGACCUCCUCACAGGAAAUCCAAGACAGUGGAGGUGGGUUGUUUAGGGCUGCUGGCUCACCCACCCUCCAACACAGCCAUGCCAGUUGUGGUGGCUGACCACACACCAGUACCUCAACACAGUGUAACCUUCCUCUCCUCGCCUACCUCAAGAAUACCUUCCAACCAGCUAUACAUAAAGACUCUUGACCAUCAUAACACACCAGCCUAUCAUGGGCACAUUAACCCAAGGCUGCAACGUGUCCCGCACAUAUCUACAAUUCCAGAACAGAAUGGCACACCUGGGAACGAAAGCGACGUUAAUAAGCCAAGAACAGGACAAGCAUCUUCACCAGUCACUCAAGCCUUGAUAGAUGUUCCCAUAAGUACGUCAUUGUACAGUUCCUCACCCCUGUCUUCACCCUUACCCGUGUUUGUCAAACAAGAGCACGCAGAGUCCUCAAGACACAAGGUAACGUACAAGUCUUCCUUCUACAAAUGCAUGAAAAAUUUCCUAAAGCCGAUUCAGUAGUUUCCGCUGCAUCUUGCAUGAAUGCCAUUUUCUAUGAGACAAGCCAGCACUUAAGAGAACGUGGCUCCGCCUCCCAGUUCAUGGGUAACAAUCUUAUUUAUAACAGCUAAUGCAUUAAACCUAUUAUAAUGUAUGAUAAGUAAAGUAAUUACGAAUGUUCAUGUAGUAUUUGGCAGGGACUAUAAACAUAUUAGUUAUGAAGAUAAUGCUGGCAACGCAUGUACAAGUAUAUACAUGUACUACAUUACGUAAUGUGUUUACGAUAGAUCUGCGAGUGACACGUGAGGUGUGGUGUUGACCAGCUGGGGGCUGUCUUGUUGUGAACUCUUGUGAUUGCUGUUACCACAGGUGGAGUAACAGCACUAGAGGUGGUCACACUUGCAGAGGUGUGGUGGUCACACUUGUAGAGGUGGUGGUCACAUUUGUAGGCCGUCCCCUCCACUCCGGUCCAAAGCUAGGAGUGAUCCAGUGUGGCCAGGGGUUACCCAGUGUGGCCAGAGGUGACCCAAUGUGGCCAGGGGUGACCAAGUGUGAAGUUCAUUUCUUGGUGGAGUUGAAAGUGAAGAUGUACCUUCCUUGUAGAUGGAUUAGACACAUGUGCAACAUCUGGGUAUCUUUAUUGUAGACGUUUCGCCAUCCAGUGGCUUUAUCAAUACAAAUUCCAGGACAUAACUUGAAGACAGUAGAACUAUAUAUAGUCUACCAGAUAGAGACUAUCGCACUUCUACAUCGAGUAGUACACACGGAAAUCACUCCCAAGGAAAGCAAAAGACUUAGCAGGAGAUGCAACAUUCCCCCAGUGAAAAGCAGGGACACCACGAGAACGCUGAGAGACAACACAGUGUCAGGGUCCCAAUGUUGUUUAGCUGCCUCCUAGCAUAAAUAAGGGGGAUUACCAAUAGACCCCUGGCCGUCUUCAAGACGGAGCUGCACAGACACCUAAAGUCAGUACCUGACUAGCCGGGUUGUCAUUCCUACGUACGUUUACGUGCGGCCAGCAGUAACAACCUGGUUGAUAAGGCCCUGAUCUACCACGAGGCCUGGUCGUGGACCGGGCCGCGGGGGCGUCGACCCCCCAAAACACCAGGUAUACUUCAGGUAUACUUGCUGUGACGUGUCUGCCUGUCUCCCCCUUUGCCAACACACAGCUUGAAUCACCGUCUCCACACCGCGUAGCCGCUGUUAAAUACGAAUAAACAGGAAAAAUGGAGAGGGGAUCGAACCGAGGUCGUGUGAGUGGCAGUCCCUACGCUACACCAUCCAGCCACGGGGAUUUUCAGUAGGAAAGUUGUGGAACUGCCGCUUCUACAGGAGAAUAACCUGGUCUACAGUCUUCUACAGGAAGAAUAACCUGGUCUACAGUUUUCUACAGGAAGAAUAACCUGGUCUACAGUCUUCUACAGGAAGAAUAACCUGGUCUACAGUUUUCUACAGGAAGAAUAACCUGGUCUACAGCCUUCUACAGGAAGAAUAACCUGGUCUACAGUCUUCU